GAAAUUUCUAUGGCUUAGAACCAACAUCCCCCACAAUACCUUUUGCAUCUUCGAUUCUUCAGCAAUCUCCUGCUGCCUGUAACCUACAAUUCGCAUUUGGCCCUCUUUGCAUACAUCGAUUACUUGUAUAAAUCUUCACAUCUCACAAUGGGCUGGUUCUGGGCCGAGCCUGCCCCUCCGGCCGGCGUUCCUCAAGGACACCCGGCGGUGCCAUUGAACAAGGAGCCUCCGCCCGGAUGUCCCAUGCACCAAAAGGCUGCCGAUGCCUUCAACCCGCACAAAGCCAUACCCGCCGAGAAUCCGUCCUCGUCGUCCGGCUGCCCAGUCCCUCAUGGCUCGUCAUCACCCUUGCCGCCGACGUCAGGCUGUCCGGUGCCUCACGGCUCCCGCGACCAGGAAGAGCCCAAGUCGAUCCUCUCUCAACUCAACCCCUUGAAUUACAUGUUCCCCGAUUUGUCACAGAAGCCUGCGCCCUCGCAGUCGAUGGCGCUGCCGACGGAGCGUGAAGAAUCCACCAUCCCCAAGGGAUCCGGCGACGGCACUUGGGAGUACCCUUCUCCCCAGCAAAUGUACAAUGCCCUGUUGCGCAAGGGCUAUACCGACACCGAUAUUACAGCUGUGGAAUCCAUGGUAAAUGUCCACAACUUCUUGAACGAAGGCGCAUGGCAGGAGAUUGUCGGCUGGGAGGAGCGCUUUGCGCGCGGCUUGUACAGAGGAUGGCAAGUCUGCAAGCGAGGAGAAGCGCACUCGGCAGAAGAGCUGGAUCGCCACUGGGAUGGAGUGGAUGUCAGCCCAACCCUCAUCCGCUUCCAAGGACGACCCAAGGACCUCACUCCCAAGGCCACGAUGCUGCAGGUCCUAGGCUGGAUCUACCCCUCCAAAUUUGGAACUGACCUUCCAUUCGAUCGCCAUGACUGGUUCGUCUCCCGAAAUGUCAACGGUGAAAAGAAGGAGAUCCGAUACGUCAUCGACUACUACUCUGGAGAGCCGGAGCCGACCGGUGAGCCCGUCUUCUACCUGGAUGUCCGUCCUGCGGCCACACCUCUGGGAAGCGCCGAGCGAAUCAUCCGAUGGAGCACAGAUGUGUGGUGGAAGGCUAUUGGCGGUGACCAGCGAGAGCAGAACCCGCAGCCUUUUUUUCGCUACAACUCCGUUAAGCCUUGGGGCUAAGUGAGCUUUUCUUUGUGCAUUGCUUUUUAUGCAAGUGGUUUGCAAUUCCCAUCUCCAAAAAAAUUAAUGACUGUGCUUUUGGACUUGUAUAUUAUCAUGAAUGGAACAGGCGUUACUGUAUAGUAAAUAGAUUUCAAUACCUGAUGUGCAUAUGAGCUCUGCCUUAAGC